UUAUAUAAAUAUCAUUUUGAAAAAAAUGCUAGAUCAGUAAUUGCUGAAAAUAAAACAGGAUCUCAAAUCUCCAUGGAGGGAGCAGCCAUACUUCUGUUUUCCUUACUUCUUCUUUACAAAAGUUAUGCAUCUGACCUCAACAUCAUCUCGGAUUCAAGGUUUUUGACAGAUGAAGACACGUUGGUCUCGCCUGGUAGAGUUUUCGAACAGGGAUUUUUUAAGCCAGGUAGUUCUGAAAACAGAUAUCUCGGUAUCUGGUAUAAGAAUAUCUCUGUUAGAACGGUGGUUUGGGUUGCUAACAGAGACCGCCCUCUCCCCGGUGCAUCACCACUUGAGUUAAAGAUUGCUGACCGUGGAAUUCUCGGCCUCUUCAACAAUAGCAGCAAGGUCUGGUCAUCUAACACAACGACAUCAGGGACCGCAACUGCAAAGCUUUGGGACAACGGAAAUCUAGUUGUGGUUGAUCAACAGGAGAGGGUUUUCUGGCAGAGUUUUGAUUACCCGACCGAUACUCUUCUACCUGGAAUGAAGUUAGGGAGAGAUUAUGUAAAGGGAAAGGAAUGGUAUCUAACACCAUGGAAGAAUAGUCAAGAUCCAGCUCCAGGUGAAUUGACCUGGGGCGCUGACAGACUCGGUUAUCCUGAAAACAAACUAAGACAGGGGGCAUCAGUUAAAUUUCGUGGUGGACCAUGGAGUAAUGAACGGUUUCCUGGGGUUUCUGUAUUUAGCAAGAGCUUAACCUUUAGAUACGAUGUAACUGUUAACGAAAGUGAGGUGUCUUAUGCUUAUAAUCUUGAAGACAAUUUGACAAAUUCUAAAUGGCUGCCCGUUUUGUCAUUCCCGAGAAGCGCAUGUGAUACAUACAACAUUUGUAAUGCUUAUGGAACCUGCAGCAUCAAUAUGUUCCAACAGUCGUGUACUUGCAUAGAUGAGAAAAGGUUUGUCCCUAAAAAUCAGAAGGCUUGGGACACAGCUGAUUGGUCAGGUGGUUGUAUUAGACAAAAACCUUUGGAAUGCAAAAAUAGAUCAGAAGUGUUUAUCAAGUACUCUAAUGUAAAAUUUCCAGACGCAGAGAAUACCUGGUUUAACAUGAACAUGACUCUUGAAGAAUGUGGUACAAAGUGUUUAAAGAAUUGUAGCUGUAUGGCUUAUGCAAAUCCAGACAAAAGUCGAAGCGUCUGCUUGCUUUGGUUCAAUGACCUUCUAGACAUCCAAGUGUUACCGGAAGGUAGUGGUGGUCCAGAUAUUUUUGUAAAGAUGGCUUCCUCUGAAUUAGAUUCUCAAACUGUUUCCAAAAAGCAGGGAGGGGAAAAGGUUAUAAUCAUCUUACUUGUAACCAUUCCGGUACUCUUAGGCUUGAUCAUCGCUACAUGGUUGUGUUAUGCACGGAGUAAAAGGAAUCAUGCCAAACUAACAGGGGAAGGGGAAAUCUUGAAUCCAUCUAAAAGCCAUGUAGAAGACAUGGAGCAACCAUUAUUUAGCUUCUCUACGAUUGCAGAUGCCACAGCCAAUUUUUCACCUAACAAUAAACUUGGAGAGGGUGGUUUUGGACCAGUUUAUAAGUUUAUAAGUUUCAUUGUCAUUCCUUAUGCUCGAGCCGGAGGGUCUCACCGGAAGCAGCCUCUCUAUUCCUACGGGGUAGAGAAGAUGAAUCUAUGCAGUGGUAUGCUAGAAGAAGGGAAGGAGAUUGCAGUUAAACGUCUGUCCAAGAAUUCAAGUCAAGGACUUGAUGAAUUCAAGAAUGAAGUCAUCUGCAUUUCAAAACUUCAGCAUCGAACUCUUGUGAAGCUUCUUGGUUGUUGCAUACAAGGAGAUAAGAAGUUGUUGAUCUAUGAGUACAUGCCAAAUAAAAGCUUGGACUCGUUUAUUUUUGACAAAACUCAAAGCAUGCUUCUUGAUUGGACAAUGCGUUUUAACAUUAUCAAAGGAAUUGCUCGAGGACUUCUUUACCUGCACCAAGAUUCACGAUUAAGAAUCAUUCAUAGAGAUCUUAAAGCUAGCAACGUCUUACUAGAUCAGGAUAUGAACCCAAAGAUAUCAGACUUUGGCUUAGCUAGAAGUUUUGGAGGUAACCAGACCCAAGCAAACACAGAAAGGGUUGUUGGCACUUAUGGCUACAUGUCCCCCGAGUACGCACUUAAUGGUAUUUUUUCUAUAAAGUCAGAUGUCUUUAGCUUUGGCGUCUUGGUACUGGAAAUCGUGAGUGGGAAGAGAAAUAGAGGAUUUAUUCAACCUGAAAAUGAAAAUAAUCUCAUCGGACAUGUAUGGAGGCUAUAUAGUGAAGGCAGGUCACUUGAUUUAAUUGAUGUGAGCUGCACUGAAUCCUGCCAUCCUCAAGUUUUAAGAUCAAUCCAUGUUGGGUUGUUAUGUGUUCAACAAUAUGCGGCAGACAGGCCAAACAUGUCAUCUGUAAUUAUGAUGUUGGGCAGCGAGUGCGAACUGCCACAACCUAAGCAGCCAUCAUUUCUCAUGGAAACGGAGCUACCUGUAGUGAAGUACUCUGCAAGUACUUACUCAGGAGGUUCAAUGAUCGAUUUUACUGUUACAGAGGUUAACGCUCGAUAAUUUUUUUUUUUGAGUUCUUUGGACCACAUUACAUAUUUCACAUGUAUUACUUAGUUGCAUGUGGCUGUCAUAGUUGGGAUGCCCUUUGUCACAAGGCAUGAACCUGUAUGGUCACCAGUACAUUUCGGUCUUAUUUUAAAGUUUAUAUUAGGCCCGACAAUCUUAACCCAUACACUUAAGUUUGGGUCAUCUUAGACUUUAAUUUAAAGCUUUUGGGUCGUUUGGGUUAAGUAUCAUUUUUACAAUGGGUAUACAUGGGUAGAUAUAAAAUUAAAAAAAUAGAACUGCAGGUCAGGAUGGGUGGUGAAAAAAAAGAAGCGGGUUGGAAUGGGUAUCAAAAUUUGCCCUACCCUAUGUAACUCAUCUACCAAAGCACCACUGCAAUUGUUUAGUUCAUCUUCUUCUUUCUCGUAUGGGGCAAUCAAUAUUUUAAG